CCAUGCCAGCCUCUACCGAAAAAUCUACCUCGACUUUCGUAUUUAUCAACAGAGCCGCCGAUGCGGGACCUGGAGACGCACUCAAGAAACGAGUGGAUGCGAUCUUCCAGAACGCCGUUCGUCAGCCUUUUGUGAAGGAUAGGAUCACCGGCCCAAUCCAGAUUAUACACCCAAACGAGAACGCGGCGUCGCUGAUCGCCAACCUAGGCAUCCAAGCACCCGAAGGUCCAUUGAUCAUCAGUAUCCUCCCCGCCAAAACGACAGAAGCGUUCCGUGAGAUUCUGAGCCAUCCUUCGAUUUCUCGGGACCUCGCCGCUGCGGAGGAAGAGUUCGGAUUCAAGAGCUCCGAUUCGGUCUUCGCCACCGAGCGCGUCGUGUACCAAUCCACUGCUUCGCUCGACAACUCGGGCGUGUGGGCCGCAGGUAUCUUUAAUUCCCCGGCUGAUCCUGCUGGCAUGCAGGCCAUGCGUCAGAAAGUCGAGGCUUUGGCGAACACAGCCAAAGAAUUCCCGAUUUUCAAGAGACAUAUGCUCAACGGUAUGAUGUUUUACCCGACGCCCCAGCAUGAUGGUAUGGAGCAGCACCUGUCCGAGUUAGGAUACCCUUCUGCUCGACCGCAAUUGGUCUGGCUGUUCCAGCUCUCGGGUCCAGCCGCGAUUCAAUCAAUUAUUGAAGACCAGACCUUCCAAGAUUUCUUCACCCAGCUUCCGAAAGAGAUCCUGGAUGGCGCUAAUGUCUUUACCGCCGACGUCUCGCACUUCUAGGGCUCAAACUUGAAUGUGAGCGAAUGUAGUGGGAAGUGAUGUAUGAUAGGAAAGAGAUGUGCAAAUUCGCGACUGUAACUGGUUUCCAAAGUUCCAAACGUUCGGGGUAUACAAUAUGCAUACCUUU